AUGCGAGGCGCAACACAAAAGCUACUUGGGGUGUGUAACGAUGACUCCAAUGGGACUGGAAUUCAACAUUCUAUCAUUGAGGCGGUUGCUCAGCGUGACCAUUUUAGAAAGGUGCAUAAUGAAAGAAAGGUGCAUAAUGAAGGCCCUAGUUACAGCCUUGGACUCGGGCUUUCGCCAGAUGAGGAUAAUGUUGAGGGACGCCAUAAUAAUGUCAAUGAACUCACUGUUGGUGGGCCUUCCAAUAUAGGUGUGCCAUCAGCUGAUUGUGGUAUGGCGGUGAAUGCGGUUGUAGGCGAUACCGGUAUUGAGCGCGUGAGAGAUAAAAUCGGUUUUCUAGAGAAGUUGGGUUGUGACGAUGGACAUGGUACAGUGACUGGUGAUCGUGCAUCUGAAGGUGACGACAUUGAAGCCAUUUUCGAAAACAUUGUUGUGGAUACCGGUAGGCCGAAAAGGCAUCCUAAUGCAGUUGUGAAUAUCGGGAAGGCCGAGCCUUGUGUUAAUCAGGCUGUUAGAAUGGCGAGUGUUAAGGAUUGGGUUUUCUCUCAAGUUAUAUCAAAGUCAAUAGGAUCAACCAGACCUCUUUCUGCAUCGGAAAGCUUUUUGUCUGAGGAUUCUCAGAACGAGGAUCUUGCAAGCCAAGGCUUUCAAACCAACACCAAUUUAACUUCACAUCCAGUUUCUACAGAAACACGGUUCUCACAAAGUGAUAAUCAAAUGACUCAGAAUCCCUUGUCAACCCCUGAAAUGGAAAGUCCUUCAGAACCUAAUUUUGCUCCCCAGGGGAAAGAUUUGGACCCUCUUUCAAAAGUAAUGGCAUUACAAAUUAAAUUUUUACGUAUAAUUCAACGACUUGACCUGUGGCAAGAUAAUCUUACAGUUGCAAAGGUUUUAUACCGGAUUCACCUGGCCUCCUUGAUACGAAGCGGGGAAUCAGAUCUAAAGAAAGUUAAUCUCAAAAGUGAUAGAGCUCGAGUGGUUGCUGCAAAGCAAGAAGAAACCGGUGUACCGGAACUGGAUUUCUCUAUCAAGAUACUCAUUCUGGGUAAAACUGGUGUCGGCAAGAGUUCCACCAUAAAUUCCAUUCUUGGUGAAUCAAAGGUAACGACCGAUGCAUUCCACCCUUCCACGACUCAAAUUCAAGAAAUUACGGGAAACUUGAACGGCAUUAAAAUAUCAUUUAUCGACACCCCCGGUCUAUUGCCUCCCUCCUCAAUUUCCAACCGUAGAAAUAGAGAAAUCCUUCAAUCCGUGAAGCGAUUCGUACGAAAAUCACGUCCAGACGUUAUUUUGUAUUUCGAACGGCUUGAUCUGAUUGACAUAAGCUACCCUGAUUUUCCAUUGCUCAAGCUUAUCACUGACAUCCUUGGGCCUGCAGUUUGGUUCAGCACCAACAUUGUCAUGACUCACUCCUCGGCGGACCUUCCGGAAGGUCAGAGUGGAUUUCCGGUGAGCUAUGAUUCAUAUGUGAACUUCUGCACCCAGGUUGUCCAGCAUCACGUUCACCAGGCAAUCAUGGACAGGAAGUUAGAAAAUCCCGUGAUCUUGGUGGAAAACCACCCCCAGUGUAGAGUGAACCUAUCAGGGAAGAAAGUUCUUCCCAAUGGACAGGCGUGGAUGUCCCAGUUCAUGUUGUUGUGUGUGUGCACUAAAAUUCUAGGCGACGUGAAUGCCUUAUUGAAAUUAGAUGACAGUAUACGGUUGGGGCCUAUCGGCAACUCCCGCGCGCCUUCUUUGCCUCACCUGCUCUCGUCUUUCCUCAAACAUCGUGUGAAAAUGAGCCCGGAUGGAGAGGAGAGCGAAAUAUUUCACAAUCCCGAGCUGGAUGAAGAAGAUGAAUAUGACCAGUUACCUCCCAUUCGCAUCCUGACCAAAGCUCAGUUCGAAAAGUUGACCCCUCUCCAGAAAAAGGAAUAUCUUGACGAGCUCGAUUACAGGGAGACCCUUUUUCUGAAGAAGCAGAUGAGGCAGGAGUACAUACGAAGAACAGAAAAAAUCAAUAAUAGUACUGCCUCUGGCUAUGAAAAUAAUGAAGAUGAUCCUCCAGAAGCAAUUCUACUCCCAGACAUGGUGGUCCCACUGAGUUUCGACUCGGAUAAUCCCGUGCAUCGAUUCCGGUGCCUUGUUACCAAUAACAGUUGGAUUGCGAGGCCUGUCCUUGAUCCAAACGGGUGGGACCACGAUGUGGGCUUUGAUGGAAUCAAUCUCGAGGUAAUUGCAGAAAUAAAGAAGAACCUUGUGGCAUGCCUCACGGGACAAAUGAGCAAAGACAAGCAAGAUCUCAACAUCCAGUCCGAAUCUACCUUGGGCUUUUCUGGCCGAAGUGGGUCCACGUACACCUUGGGCUUCGAUGUCCAGUCUGCCGGCAGGGAGUUGAUAUGCACGGCCCGAACCAAUGCUAAGAUGAGGAAUUUCAAGUGCAAUUUAACCGAGUGCGGGAUUUCGUUGACGUCUUUCAGGGAUCAGUACUACUAUGGGACUAAGCUCGUGAAUACUUUCCUGACAGGAAAGAGGAUGGAUUUUAGAGUGAAUGCUGGUGGCAUGAGAGGCGGCGGGAAGGCAGUGUUUGGUGGGAGUUUGGAGACGACUUUGAAAGGGAAGGAUUAUCCGGUGAGGAAUGAUAAGGUGAGUUUGGCUGUGACCGUCCUUGAUUUUGAGAAGGAGAUGGUUUUGGGUGGAAGUGUACAGUCCGAAUUUAGGGUGGGCCGUGGUAUGUCGAUGUCGGUUAGCGCCAAUGUGAAUAGCCAGAAAAUGGGUCAGAUGUGCGUGAGGGUUAGUAGCUCGGAGCAUGUGGAAUUAGCUUUAGUUGUACUUGUGUCAAUGUUGAGAAGCCUGUUCAGGAAGAAGUCAUAUACCUAUGAUAGGAAAGCUUCAUCGUGA